AUGCCAGUUGCAGUGCCAUUUAUGACGCCGGCGUUGUUGUCAACCAUAAGAAAACAGAAAAACCUGCCACAUGAUACAUGGUAUAUAAUCGCAGCAACGGUUCUCACACUCCUCAACCGCCCGGACGAGAUCCGUACGGUGUACCGGGAGGCGAUGGACCGAGGGCCCCGAAGUAUGGACAUCAAGGCAAACCUAGAGGAACAACUGACCAUCUCGCGAAGACUACGCGAAGCACUAAUCAAGGCAUCCGCUGUGGGCGGCAUCCCUAAGUCUAUCAACGCGCUUUUAUCGCUCAAGGAAGUUACACCAGUCCAUUUACUGGACGAGCCUGGGUCAUCCACGCCAACUGGACGAUGGGCGGAUAUGUUCGAGGCUCCUUCGUCUCAGAUCUUGGACCGAGGGCAGUCCUUCUUCAACAAGGUCUACGGCAAGGUAGCAAAGAGGAUAAUGGAACAGAUGGACAGAUCAGGUACCGAGGAUCUUGGCCUUGUGGCGCGAUUAGUGUACGGCCACCUGCUUAGCAACACUCGAGUCUUGUCCUCUGCCGAGACUUCAUUCGUGCUGAUAGCGGGACUAAUUCCGCAAGAUGUGAACCCGCAGCUCAAGGGCCAUCUGCGGGGGGCAUUGAACGGCGGCGCUACCGUUGAGGAGGUGAGAGCGGUUCGGGAAGUAGCCGUGACGAUCUGCGAGGCAGCGGGCAUGACGAGGCUGGCUGAAAACGCUACGGGUGGGUGGGGGUGGAGAAGCGAGGUUGCCAACGUGUAG